UGUCCCUUCUCUCCGUUCAAUUCAGUGAUUAGGAAUCAAGUUCAAAUGGCCGCGGCAUUUCUCCGUUCCAUCUUUGUGUUUUCUUUCCUUCCGCAAAACUGUUAUUCCGACAUGAUGUAUUAGCAGGACAACGUUCUCUCUUUGUUUCAGAUUUUAGCAAAGAAACAUAUCACGCAUAGAAGGACUGGUAUUGCUGCAUAUUAUGGUUUUUGCAGCUGGACAAUGCAGCACGUUUCCGUUUCUUGCUGGUGAAAUUGUUUAGAAUCUUGGAACUCUUGAUGGAUCAGCAAAUUGAAGGACCACCACCUUAUAUACAUAUCGAGCAAAAUGAAUUUUCAUAUCGGAAGCACAAGAAGCAGAAAGAGGAGGAUAUUGCUAUCUGCAAUUGCAAUUAUGAUGCUAAUGAUCCUGAUAGUGCAUGUGGAGAGAGGUGCCUGAAUGUCAUAACCAGCACGGAAUGUACACCUGGCUUUUGUCCUUGCAGUAUUCAUUGCAAGAAUCAGAGAUUCCAGAAAUGUGAGUAUGCCAAAUUGAAGCUGUUCAAAACUGAAGGUCGUGGAUGGGGUCUUCUAGCUGAUGAGAAUAUUAAGGCUGGGCAGUUUAUUAUUGAAUACUGUGGAGAAGUUAUUUCAUGGAAAGAAGCAAGGCGGAGAUCCCAAACUUAUGAAACUCAAGGUGUGAAAGAUGCAUUUAUCAUCUCUCUGAAUGCCCACGAGUCAAUUGAUGCUACCAAAAAGGGAAGCCUUGCAAGGUUCAUAAAUCAUUCAUGCCAACCUAAUUGUGAGACAAGGAAGUGGACAGUGUUGGGGGAACUAAGGGUUGGGAUAUUUUCCAAGCAAGAUAUUCCUGUUGGAACUGAGCUAGCCUAUGAUUAUAAUUUUGAAUGGUAUGGUGGUGCAAAGGUUCGGUGCCUCUGUGGUGCAGCCCGCUGUCCUGGAUUUCUUGGGGCAAAAUCCCGUGGUUUUCAAGAGGAUACAUAUCUGUGGGAAGAUGACGAUGACAGAUACUCAGUUGAAAAUAUCCCUCUUUAUGAUACUGAGGAGGAUGAGCCCACUUCCAAGCUUCUCAAGACCGAGCACUCAAAAUAUGAAUCUAUUACCAACGGAAAACAAGAAUAUCCUGUUGCAAUAAUUAACGGUUUAGCAUCUGAAGCUCAUCUGGAGUCAACCAUACUUCUUGUUGAGCCACUUGAUUCAUGUCCAAUGGAGAAUGUGGUGGAUGGCACGAAGACGGAAGUAGGCAAAGAGAAAAAAUUGUAUUUGCAGGAUACUCACCAGACUUUUACACAAAAAAAUGCAAUGAUAUCCCGUAUCAGCAGCAACACUGCUUGCCGUAAUUAUCACAUCGAACCAAGCCCGGUCUCCAAAAGAAAGUCGCAGCACUACCCAAAUGGAAAAUCAAAAAAACUUGAUAAAAAGCAUGUAGAUGCGAAACUUGUUGCCGAACUCCUAGGACCAAAGGAAGCACGAGAAGAGGUCUUCAAUUUUGAGGAAAUGAAGAACAAAGCCAAUACGGAACUUGAUUCUUUAUACAAUGAAAUCAGGCCUGCCAUUGAAGAACAUGAGAGGGACAGCCAAGAUAGUGUAGCAACCAGUGUUGCAGAGAAAUGGAUUGAAUCCUGCUGCUUCAAACUGAAAGCAGAAUUUGACCUGUAUUCGUCCAUCAUCAAGCAUGUCACUUGCACUCCUCGUAGGUCUAGGGAGAUGGCUCAAAUUCCUGAAGUAGAGAAUGAUGAAGAAUUAAAGCUUUUAACAAACUAGUGAUUUUAGUUAGAAGGGGCAACAAA